AUGUCGGAUCUCAAUGGAAUGGUUGACCCAAAGAUCUUUGAAGAUCUACAAACUAAGAUUGAUGAAGAUGCGGAAGUAAGAGAUCAACUGAAAGCUAUUCUACAAACACUGGAGAGGCAAUGCAGAAAUGCUCAGUCGGUUUUAUCUCGAGCUCAUUCCACACCAGCUUCUCACUUGCAGCCUGUUCUUGUCUCUGCAGAGAAUGCUAUAAAGGAAGAAGCUGAAAGUAUUCAAAAGCUUGCGGGCAUUGCUUCAAACCAUCCAUAUUACAAAUAUAAUGGCAUUUGGACAAGAGAUGUGCAGAAUGUGAUCUUUGCCAUUCUUCUCUGCGGAUGGCUGGGGGGUUUGAACAAAGAUGGAAAGCCUGCUCAAUCAGGAAGACUUCUCACUAUUGAGGAAGUAGGAGAGAUUCUCCAAGUCCCCGUCAACCUCAAAGACCGAGACGCAUUCCACAUCAGUAUCGAAGAAUACCUCCUCUCCCUCAUUUCCUUGAUCGAAGAGCUUUCACGACUGGCUAUCAAUUCCGUUACUCUCGGAGAUUACCAGAGACCUCUACAAAUCAGUCAAUUCGUCAAGGAUUUACAUGCAGGAUUCCAGAUUCUUAAUUUGAAGAAUGAUGUUCUGAGGAGAAGAAGUGAUGGUAUCAAGUACAAUGUGAAGAAGAUUGAGGAUAUUGUGUAUGAUCUUUCGUUGAGAAAUUUGGUAGCUAGACCUGAAUCUUCAUCUUGAGUGAUGGAUGAUCGGUUGGAAUGUUGCUUGGAUGUUUUCUCGAUAUCAUAAGAAGAAGGCAGAUCUGAAGAUUUUUGCUACUAAGAAGUUGCUAUACAUGGACUGGAUCUUGAGAGUAGGAAGAAGGACUGAAAGAUUACUUCGAAGGUUCUGCAAUGUCAUGAGAAGGGAAGGAGCUGGGUAGAUUACUGCUAUUACGAAUGUUACGAGCUGUGGCAAAAAGCAAAAGGUUGCUUGAGUAUUGCAGCAUUGGCUCCAAAGCCUUACAAAAUGGCCCGAAUAAAUCAUGAAUAUUCUCAAAUUACAAUAUCUUCAAGCUACCUACGUAGUACUUUAUGAUGCAUUUUAA